AAAAUUAAUAGAUCGGCCUCAUUCUAGGUGGUGUUCGGUUAUUUCUCAUUUUUCUUGCUGCCCCAGUCGUACUUGCUUUCUUGGUCCCACACGUGAAUACUAAUCGGUAUCCCGGUUUCGACAAAGUACACGUUGCCGCAAUGGAAUCGGAGUUCGAAAGUGCCUUCAGUGUCGAGGGCAUCCUUCGUCGGUCUCAACGUAUCUCGGAUCUUCCAGCCACUCUGGAGGAUAUACACAAUUCGUCUGCGGCGCAGUAUCUUGCAGACAAGGUCGCUGACGCCUCCCAUGAAAGAAUAGAUUCAGCAUUGGAGUCCAGAAGCAGCUUCGACUGGAAGAGGAGUGGCGGGUGCUCGUCGGUGGAGCCAUGGGCCGGGACGCCGGGCUGGAGUCUUGAGCCCACGGUCAGCGGUACCAGCUACCCGCCCAUCCACAAUCCCCAACUGUGCGCGGCAGCAGCCCCGCACACCGGCAAGCUGGCCACGGCAGCCAUGAACCCGCAUUACCACGCUUACACGGAGCUGGCGAGUCCGCACUCGCCGCCUCCGGACAACAGCUCCUACCACCCGCACCACCACCACCACCACCACCACCACCACCACCCGCACCCGCCGCACCCUGCGGCCGGGCCCGGGGGUGGGCCUCCCGGAGGCGGCGGCGGGGGCGGCGGCCCGGGGGGCCCCGUCAGCAACGGCCACGUGCUGGGCGCGGGCGGCCCGGGACCGGGCGACCACCACGGCUUCGGGCCCGGCCCGGGCAGCGGGGGCGGCGGCGGCGGUGGCGGCGGGGGCGGACCCGGCGGGCCCGGCGGCGGCCCGCAGCAGAUGCACCCGCACCACCAGCACCACCUCAACAACGCCAACAACAACAAUAACAACAGCGGCAACGCCAACAACAACAACCCCGCGGCGACGACGGUGGGCGGCGGCGGGCCCGGCGGCGGUCCCGCCAGCAGCGCGGGGCCCAACCCCAACAACAACGGCGGGCCAGCCAACAACAACAACAACAACUGCACGGGCGGCACGGUGAAGGUGUGCGCCGGCUGCGGCGGUAAGAUCGUGGAGCGCUUCCUGCUGCACGCGCUCGACCGCUACUGGCACAACGGCUGCCUCAAGUGCUCCUGCUGCGGCGCCAUGCUCGCCGACAUCGGCGGCUCCUGCUUCACCAAGGCCAACAUGAUCCUCUGCAAGACGGACUACAUCAGGCUGUUCGGCAGCAGCGGGGCGUGCUCGGCGUGCGGCCAGACGAUCCCCGCGUCGGAGUUCGUGAUGCGCGCCGGGCCGCAGCACCACGUGUUCCACCUCAAGUGCUUCGCGUGCUCAAAGUGCGGCGGGCAGCUGGUGCCCGGGGACCGCUACUGCCUGCUGGCCGGCAGCCUGGUGUGCGAGCAGGACUGGCACAAGCUGCUCAAGGGCUCGGCGGUGGCGUCGGCGGCGGCGGCGGCGGCUGCAGCGGCGGCGGCGGCGGCAGACUGGCCUGGGGGGCACCAGCUGGACGGCGGCGGCGGACCGGGCCCCGUGACCCGGGGGCGGGGGCGGGGAAGGGGCCGCCCCCGCGGACGCGGCGCAUCGCGCUCCAUCCCGGCGGCCGUCAGCGCCGCCGCCAUGGACGAGCGCUAGCUGCGACCGCCAGCCGCGACAUCGUUCCAGCGCCUCACAGGCCGAAUCUGCACUCCUGCGCCCGCGGGACCAACGGCAAGGCACUCCCUGCCACACACAGACACACAGACUCUGGCCGCCGCGUGCGGCCCUAUUUAUGUCUCCCCACCCCACCCCUCCCCUCCCCUCCCCUCCCCACCCCGUCCUGCUACACGCCACGAAAAGGAACGGCGUAAGAAGAAAGGUUAAGAGGAACCGCGAAUCUGCAGACAUUGUGUGAGCGUCCGUGGUGUUCGGAAUUGCCUGGUGUGCCACGAGCAGAUUAGUGUACGGCAACUCUCGUAGUCUGCUACUUGCGUCUAGAAACGAUUCAUCACAAGUGUUUCCCCUUCUCUUCUUCUCCACCUGCACCCCCUCACCCUUCUCCCACGACAUUACUCCCAUCCCCCCAUCCCCUCCCCCAAAAAAACGAGUGUAUUUCUUUUCUUUUCAUUUAAAGUAAACAGUUAACUACAGCUGUGGAUUAUCGGACAAACAAGUUAUUGCCGCCUCAUAGCGAUUGUGUUGUUUCUCUUUUUCAGAACUUUUCAAAUUGUAUAUGGUGCAAAAAAGAAAUGAAAUGGAACCAGGUUACGGACACUGUGAAUAACCUACGUACAUGUAUAUAGUUAUUAUUAUUAUUAUAAUAUUAUUAUUAUUAUAAUUAUUGUAAUCCGUGUUCGAAGAGAUUCGCCGGGGUAGACGGAGUCUGGUGCGCUAUCCAGGACUGGCCGCUCCCCGCGCGUCCACACACACACACACACACACACACACACACACACACACACACGAGCUGACGAUGUUGUGUCUGUUCGCUCGAGCGUCCAGGCGCCUGCAACCGAGUCCCUUGCAAACAACAAGUGUGACUGGUAUUUACAAAAAUAAAAAUAAAAAUGAGAACAAGUACUCACAUACACAUAACAUGUUCAGAAAGACAACGAUACUCUACAUGUCUGAUUGUAAUUAAUGUUACUUAGUUAUAUAUUUCUCGUUUCUAUUGUUGUUAAUUGUUCAUAUUUUUAGUCGUGAAACACUUUCUAAUUUCUAUACGAAAUGUGUCCCGUGACUACCUUGAUUUCUGGAAAGAAUCACAGAUACGUAAAGUAAAGCAACAAAAAAAAGUAUAUUGAUAAAACCUCACCCUUAAUUCUAUAGUUGUUAACUGUUGUGUGAGAAGCAUGACUCUGUGUUCUUGAUAUACCUGUCUUUUUUUACUCGGUCUUCGCUGGAGGAAAAGUGCCCGUUCGCGUCAGAUUAGAUACUUCCAAACUUUUAGUUCGAGCCUGUAGACCCAGUUUUACGUCACGUUGUACUAGCAGAAAAUGCUUUAUUUAUCCUCAGUUCGUGACGUCAUUAUUGGAUUUGUCGAAAAAGUGCGGUCACGUAGCAGGCACAAAGUCAUCAGAACUUCGAUUUUGUAUGCAAACAUUGACAUUCUCAAGGUUUUUCAGAGACGUCUUAGAGGUUUUUCAGAUCCAUUUUACGAGCAUACCACUCGAACGUUCAAAGUAAAACAUAAACUUAGCAUCAGGGCCUGAGGUGAAAUGACAAGCAGUCGCCACUGCAUUAUAUUCUGCUAGACGUACCGAUCCUGUAAAUGGCGUGUAUGAAACUCAUAACUCGCUAAAAUAAUACCCCAGAUUGACUCAGAGAUAAUAUCCGUACCAUGGAGGACUUUAACAGCUUCGUCGACGUAAAAUGUGACACGAACCUUAUCUCUACACAACUGUGGUGCCAUCAAGCGUUAACCUGUAGGAUAGGAUUGCUGUCGCAACAAUAAUUAUUUCCUACAUGAUACAGCUCAUUUUUAUUACUAGGCUUCACCUAAGUAUAGUAUUUCCAACUUUUCCUCCAGUAAACCGAAACAUAUGAAGAAUUCAUGUGAUUGUUGGAAAACCCCUUAAUGUUAAAACAAUGCCUUUACCUCAAUUUUUUCAUGGCAAGCAGCACACUUUAUCCAAAUAAAAAAAAAAACGAAACAAAUUAUUCGAAGAUGUGUUUGUUUCGCAAAGAAGUAAUUGCGCCAAUAUCACGUCCACCUUUAAUAAACAUUCUAUUUAAAUAUUAGUACUAAAACAUCUCCUUACGCACUUUUUCACACUGAACGUAUUUGCUCAACAAACAUGUUUACAAACUUGUGUGAGAUUACAUAAAUACUUUUGACCUGUGUGCAUUCCACGAAAUAAAAAUGGAAAAGCAAACCC